AUGUCAGGUAGCACAAAAGCUACUGUAACAGUCGUACGGAACCCCUCUAAUAACGUCAUGGAUGUUUUGAGCCAUGGCUUCCAAGUCAGCUGCAACAAUGCUUUUUUGUUCCUCAAUCUGGGGCUUUAUAUCAUUGUAACAAUAGUGGCUGCAUGGGCAGUGAAUCAUGCAAUCGAAAGAACUCAUGAAAUAGCAUCUGUUUUAUCAAUCCCGUCUCGUAUAUUUCCCAUAUUCUUUCCGAUGGGAAACAUGGCCACCGGUUUCUUCGUCGUUUUCUCUCUCGUCGCCGGCAUUGUGGGUGUCUCUACCUCAGUUACCGGUCUCACCAAUCUCCUUCAAUGGGAUUCUCCUAAUUUAAAUGCAGCAGCUGCUUCAUCCCUCCUCACUUGGGCACUCACGUUGCUAGCCAGCCAUGGGACUUUGGACGUGCUGACGAUAAUUGUGAGCGGUAGGCAGCUGUUUUGCACGGGUGCUAUCCAUGCUGGGGCUGAAGAUGCUGCUCUAAACAGAAUGCCAUCUACUUCUGCUGGAACUGUUUGA